AUGCAGUACUCUGCUUAUUCUGUUGUGUUUUCUAUUCUCGCCUUCACAGGAUGUCUCGCGUGUAUACCUCCCCUCGUGGUCCACAUCAGAGCCGGAAACACGGCCGCCAUUAUACUCACAGUUGGGGUCAUCAUCAUGUGUUCCUUCAACGCCUUGAAUGCCUUGCUAUGGCCAACAGCGGCUUCAGAUACUUGGUGGAAUGGCAAGAUAUUAUGUGACAUUGAGGCCAAGUUGUAUUUUGGACAAGCUGUGUCUUUCAACGGAGUUCUGCUGUGCCUUUUCCGCCAUAUUGCUUCUAUCCUCGACACAGACCGUAUGUCGCUGGGCGCUAGCCGUCGACAGCGUAUGGUCACUAUCACCGUCGAGAUAGGGCUGUGCAUCGUGCUCCCAUGCAUCGUGAUGGCGGCACAUUGUCUAGUUUCACCGCAGAGGUACUGGAUCAGGACAAUAGCUGGAUGUACGCCUUCACUCGACAACUCCUGGCCCAGCCUAGUGCUUAUAUACAUGUGGCCAAUGGCCCUCUGUCUUGCGGCCUGCAUCUACUGCGUAAGAGCUAUGGUACGCCUUUGGAGACACAGGAAGGAAAUGUCAACUGUCCUCUCGAGUACGCCGGGAGUGACUCGAUCUCAGCAUAUACGCCUCAUCAGCUUCUCUGCUGUUCUGCUUCUCAUCUACUUGCCGCUGGAUGUUAUUGCCUUCGCAGGCUUCAUGCGCACAAAAUGGCACCUAUAUUCAUGGGCUUACAACCAUCCUGCGGACUGGUCUGACAUCGUAGUCUUCGUGCCUCAGAAAACAGUGUCUUUUGAUCGCUGGUCGCAGACUUUCGCAGCAUACAUCCUCUUCGGGUUCUAUGGGACGGGACAUGAGGCCACACGAAUUUACAGCUUCUGGAUUCACUCUUUAAAGCAAGGGCUAAGGAGAGGGGAUGGGUGGAAACCGAAUACUAUGGGCACCGUGGGAAUAUCGCAUUCAGUCCCUCCGGAAGCAAGUGAUAGCCAUGUCUCGACGGAGACAUUCCAGCUCACAGAACUUGGUCAGUAA